AUGAUCAUUACAUUAUCAUCGUCAUCUCUCUCAGCAUCAUUAUCAUCGUCAUUAUCAUCAUCACCACUGCCUUCAUCAGCAACACCAUUAUCAUCUCUCAGCAACACCAUUAUCAUCUCUCAGCAACAUCAUUCUCAUCUCUCAGCAACAUCAUUAUCAUCUCUCAGCAACAUCAUUCUCAUCUCUCAGCAACACCAUUAUCAUCUCUCAGCAACACCAUUAUCAUCUCUCAGCAACACCAUUAUCAUCUCUCAGCAACAUCAUUCUCAUCUCUCAGCAACAUCAUUCUCAUCUCUCAGCAACACCAUUAUCAUCUCUCAGCAACAUCAUUCUCAUCUCUCAGCAACACCAUUAUCAUCAUUAUCAUCUCUCAGCAACAUCAUUCUCAUCUCUCAGCAACAUCAUUAUCAUCAUUAUCAUCUCUCAGUAACAUCAUUCUCAUCUCUCAGCAACGUCAUUCUCAUCAUUAUCAUCUCUCAGCAACAUCAUUCUCAUCUCUCAGCAACGUCAUUCUCAUCAUUAUCAUCUCUCAGCAACAUCAUUCUCAUCUCUCAGCAACAUCAUUAUCAUCUCUCAGCAACAUCAUUAUCAUCAUUAUCAUCUCUCAGCAACAUCAUUCUCAUCUCUCAGCAACGUCAUUCUCAUCAUUAUCAUCUCGCAGCAACAUCAUUCUCAUCUCUCAGCAACAUCAUUCUCAUCUCUCAGCAACAACAUCCAUCAUCUGUGUAUUGUGACUAA